CUCUGAGUGCUGUGGACACAGAGCCACCUCGAAUGCCUCCACUCAGCUCAUCCAAAACAACACACGUGCUGCCCUCUGCAGGCUGGCUACACAAACCAAUGACUGACCUCUCAAUCAGAGAACUUCAACCACUCCUGAAAAACAUACAGGGGAAGAUUCUUACAACAAAGGCCAGAUGGCUCCCUGACUGAUAUCCAGCAUUACCAUGGUGACCUCCAUCCACACUCAUCACAGGGACUCAGCACCCUAUGGAGUCUUGUUUUUGUGAGCGCAAGCAAUUCGACCAGACUCGAUGCAACCAUACAAGCGUUGUGUGUGGAACAGGAUAUUUUGCUACCUUGAACGGCAGGUAAACAGAUGAAAAUAGUGGGGGAAGAGAGCAACGUCUACUGAAGAAAUAACCAAGACAUUCCCUCGGCAGUCUGCAAGGCCAUGCCUUAUAGAAGUCUCUGCAUAUAGGAAGAACUGUGUUUUGACUGGUGUGUCAAUCAGGGGACUCCUGCUUUACUUUUUAAAGACACUUUCACCAAUUUAAGGGAUUUCUUACUACCCAUUUCACUGGGGGACUGUUGAACAAUAACCACAAUGUACCAAGUGGUACCAGGAGGUGCAGGGGGCACAGUUACCAAUGCUACACCUAUCAAACAGAAACUGAAAAGGGACGCACGUCCCCUAGUUGUAGCAAGUGUCUUAGGCUUGGUGCUGGUGAUUGCUGCGGUGACCGCAUGGUGCUAUUACAUUGGUUCUCUGCGCAAGGCUGAACUGCUCAAGACAGAACUUCUGGACCUUAACAAGGAUGGCUACAUCAUUCGCAACCAGGCAGGGGCUAUUGUCUUCAGGAUGUCUUUCAGGUCUGGCACCCUGGACUUAGACUCGUGUUCUAAGGAGGGGGAGAUACUGAGCUGUGGGCGCACCAGUGAUAGGAAACUCAAGUUUUUCAUCCAGACUGUAUUUGACAAUACAGUCCAAUGCUACCGUGUGCGUUGGGAAGAAUUGGUUCCCAGCCUGCCCGUGGAGCACGCCAUGACCUACAACGUCUCGCACUGGUAUGGUGGAGCCGAGACUGCCAUACAGCAUUGGCCUAUAUCCAUCUCCGGGCAGCAAGCACCCAAACCUUUUGUCACCAGUGAUAUCUACUCAAACCGAAAUGGCUUUGGGGGCAUUUUGGAACGCUACUGGCUCUCAUCCAAUGCCACGGCCAUUAAGAUCAAUGACUCUGUGCCCUUUCAUCUUGGCUGGAACGACACAGAGAAGACCAUGUACUUCCAGGCGAGGUACCAUGACACACCCUACAAGCCAAACCCUGGUGAGGCACCUUGUGCUGAACUCAGCUACAGAGUCUGUGUGGGCUUGGAUGUCACAUCCAUUCACAAGUACAUGGUGCGCAGAUACUUCAACAAGCCCAACAAGGUGCCUUCCAAAGCCAUGUUCCGCCAUCCCAUCUGGUCCACGUGGGCACUACACAAGACUGACAUAGACCAAGAGAAACUGUUGAAGUUUGCUGCCAACAUCCGCAAGCAUGGCUUCAACUGUAGCCACCUGGAGCUAGACGAUCGCUACACAAACCGCUAUGGGGAAUUUGAUUUUGACUUGGCCAAGUUUCCCAACGCUACAGCCAUGUUCCAGAAGCUCAAAACAGAUGGUUUUCUGGUCUCUCUCUGGACACACCCUUUUGUCAAUUACGACUCUGAGAAUUUUCACACCUGUGUAGAAAGAGGGCUUUUUGUACGAGAACCUACAGGUCGUCUUCCGGCUUUGGUAAGCUGGUGGAACGGCAUCGGGGGCAUUCUAGACUUUACCAACCCAGAGGCCCGUGAUUGGUUCGCCUCCCACCUGCGGUCUUUACGAUCCAAGUACGGAGUGUCCUCCUUCAAGCUGGACGCGGGCGAGACAAACUACUUGCCCUGGCAAUUCAGUACAAAAAUACCCCUUCGCGACCCUAGCACGUUCACCCGUCGCUACACCGAGAUGGCUAUUCCUUACAAUGAGCGGGCCGAGCUGCGUUCAGGCUACCAGUCCCAGAACAUCUCCUGCUUCUUCAGGCCCAUUGACCGGGACUCUGUUUGGGGCUAUGAGCUAGGCCUCAAGUCCCUUAUUCCCACCGUGCUUACCAUCAGCAUUCUCGGCUACCAGUUCAUCCUACCGGACAUGAUUGGUGGCAACGCCUAUCUGAACCGCACUGAUGGUGAGCGCACUUUACCGGACCGUGAGCUCUACAUCCGCUGGCUGGAGCUGUCUGCUUUUAUGCCCUCCAUGCAGUUCUCCAUCCCCCCCUGGGAGUAUGAUAACGAGGUGGUGGAGAUCGCCCGGAAGUACACUGCUAUCCAUGAGAGCAUAGUGGCCCCACGGGUUCUGGAACUUGCUGGGGAGGUGCUGGACACAGGAGACCCCAUCAUACGACCUCUGUGGUGGAUCGCCACUGGCGACGAGACUGCUUAUAAGAUUGACUCCCAGUUCCUGAUAGGGGAUGACCUCAUGGUGGCGCCAGUACUGGAGCCUGGAAAGCAGGAGAGGGACAUCUAUCUCCCGGCUGGACACUGGCGGAGCUACAAGGGAGAACGGUUUGAUAUUAAGGAGCCUCUGCACCUUACAGACUACCCGGUAGAUCUUGAUGAAAUUGCUUACUUUGUCUGGGUUUAGUGAAGAGUGUUACAAGGCUGGACAGCUUAGCGGGUGGGCCUGCAUGCAUUUGUUUAUAGUAUUUUCUCUGAUGUCAGGGCUCACAGCACAUUUGUGUUCUUGUAAAUGUAGAAUCACUAUUACUGAAGAAUGAUCAAGGAGAAACCUUUCCUGCUUGCUCAAACAUGUGCAUUUGCAAUAAACCAGGAAUGUUGCGGAGGAGGCAGGUGGGAGGAGCUAUAGGAGGACAGGGUCAUUGUAAUUGCUGGAAUGGAAUUAAUGGAACGGAGUCAAGCGUGGUUUCCAUGUCUGUGUUUACCGUUCCAUUUAUGCCAUUCCACCCAUUACAUUGAGCCCGUCCUCCUAUAGACCCUCCCACCAGCAUCUUCUGGAAUGUAGAUAUGUUUAUGCAUUACAAUUAUGUAUCAUGAGACAUAUGACCCAAACAUUUAUUCAGCAUGACAUAACAGUCGACUAUUAACAGAAUAGUCAUCGGCUGUCUUUGACAUUUUUAAGGGCUGAUAUUUGAAUGCUCUCAUGUCUUAUUUAUGAGUCAACACACUAAGAAGGGAAGAUGUAUAUUUGACAUGCGAAAAUGCCUUGUAUACUUACAUAUAUGUUAAUGAUUUUUUGGUUUUGCUGAUAUUUUUGUUUUUGUGUCAAUGCACUUAACAAUACAGUGUGUAAUUGUUCAGUCAGUGGUUGUUCUGUUAAGGUUCUCCCCACUCUGAAAUCAAAAGAAGGUGCACGUGAGAUUCUACACCUAAAGAUUUCUCAGGAAGUUGGGUGUCAUAUUUCCCCUGUUGUGUUAACCAUGUGUGCUUCCCAAAUGGCACCCUAUUCCAUAUGUAGAAGGCAAAAAUAGUGCACUAUAUAGGGAAUAUGGUGCCAUCUGGGACUAGAACUGUGGCGGUCAUAACAUUUUGUCAGACGGUUAUUGUCAUGCAAAUGACUGCUGGUCUCACGGUAACUGACCAUUAAUUAACAUAAACACUUUUAGCAUCUCCAAGCCUCCACUCAUACAAGCCGCUCAGACAUACUGGGACCCACUUCUUGACAUGGAAGUAGGUGAUUAGACAUGUCUUUUUGAGUGCUUAAAGCUUAAUUACUUUCUCAGUCUUGUAAUGUUUUAAGUGACAAACUAUCCAUUUAAUUUGGUGUCACUUUUUUAUAUUAUACCCUCAACCUUUGGCUAAAUAGUCUUUACAUUUCAGGCUUCAUUGAGAGGACUUGAAAUGGGUGCAAUUCAAGUUUUGUUUAAGUAGGCAAUAAUGAAAUAAUCCAAUAUGUAAGAUGCUAUGAGGUCUGAGUGAACUGAACUUUGAACUGGAACCACUGUGUGUGACAUAUGUCAAAUAUCCAUCCAGACUGUCUUAAAUGCCGUUUAACAAAUAAUAUACUGCCACAUUUUCUGCAUGACUUAUGACUGCAUGAAUUAUACUUCUGACCGAUAUUUGAAUGUCAUUACUCUUUGUAAUUGUUAUAUUGCAAAUACUUUUUUGCUGUUUUGUUAGCCAGUCCUUGGAGACCUUAAAGAUUGAACCUGUGUACGUGUGAUUCACCAUGUCGCGGUAAUGUGAACUCUUAGGUCACCUAGGGGUCAUUGUUUUUACUGGCAGAAGCUUCUCCAUAACAUCUCUGCUUAUUUAUAGCAGUUCUCAUAUCGACCUUACAAGAGUAGAUCUAUGCUCUCCUGAAAGACUCGCUGGAACUAGCCUAAGUUUUUUCCACUUUUGGUACAUACAAAACAAAAACAUCAAGAUGCUGACAGACUUCCCUUUGAAUUUCAGAGCACUCUUUACCCAUGACAGGAGAUUUUGUAUGCAAGCCAAAAACAUGAGUGAAAUAGCAACAUAGUUUGCAGGAACUGUCAUUGCAGGUGAAACCGCUUUGAUUAACUUUUAUAUGAAGUACCUUUUUAUUAUAUAUUUUUCUAGUGAACAGCAUAAUGUAGUAAUUCGGCCAAAACCACAAUAUGCGAAGGCUUAUCAAUACACGUUCAGCAUUAUGUGACCUGGAACAGGUAGAUGUGUAUUAGGUUGACUGAUUACGUUGUUUGUAUGUGGGAGAGUUAUUGUGAGGGUCUCCGACCACCAUAAAGUCAAACAGUUUGAUUUGCAGUUAUAUUUGCUUGCAUCACAUUGUUCUUCAUAAGAUUGUGUGAACAGUGAAGACUAUGGUAAGGCUAGUUUUAUAACAAUGUGAGGUUCAGAAGAGUAAAGUAUCAAUGUAUUGUUAGUCAGAGAAAGGUACGCACUGAUAUAGCAAUGAAUGUAUGGCUCAUGGCCUCAAAGGAUGGAUUGGGAAAAGUUCUCAAUGUUAGCAUUUUUUAUUUAUUUUUGCUUCUUACUUACUUUGUGACACGAGUCCUUUUCCUUUAGGAGGAUAGCUUUGGAAAUGCCCUUUUUAUAUUCUCAGUGUGUCAAUCAAUUUCAUAUUUUUUUUUCUAAGCCAGAUACAACACGCUUAUACAACACUUUGAAAUGUUUUCUUUCUACACACGACUACAAAAAGCUACUGUGUAAUUUUAUGUGGUUACAUAUUACUAGUGGAGGUAGGCCUACUGAACUGUGCUAUUCAAGAACAUCAAAUUGCUGACAAUUUAAGUUAGCUAAGCAGAAAGACCGGUACCCCCAGCUACUAUUUUGCAUCCCUAGUUGCCAAUUUGGCAAAAGACGGUGCAAAUCAGUAAAGCUACAGAAACGUGAGUUUGUUUCAAUGACAUACAGUGAGGGGAAAAAAGUAUUUGAUCCCCUGCUGAUUUUGUACGUUUGCCCACUGACAAAGAAAUGAUCAGUCUAUCAUUUUAAUGGUAGGUUUAUUUGAACAGUGAGUGACAAAAUAACAACAAAAUAAUCCAGAAAAACGCAUGUAAAAUUUUUUAUAAAUUGAUUGAGGGAAAUAAGUAUUUGAACACCCUCUGCAAAACAUGACUUAGUACUUGGUGGCAAAACCCUUGUUGGCAAUCAGAGGUCAGACGUUUCUUGUAGUUGGCCACCAGGUUUGCACACAUCUCAGGAGGGAUUUUGUCCCAGUCCUUUUUGCAGAUCUUCUCCAAGUCAUUAAGGUUUCGAGGCUGACGUUUGGCAACACGAACCUUCAGCUCCCUCCACAGAUUUUCUAUGGGAUGAAGGUCUGGAGACUGGCUAGGCCACUCCAGGACCUUAAUGUGCUUCUUCUUGAGCCACUCCUUUGUUGCCUUGGCCGUGUGUUUUGGGUCAUUGUCAUGCUGGAAUACCCAUUCAGGACUCAUUUUAAAUGCCCUGGCUGAGGGAAGGAGGUUCUCACCCAAGAUUUGACGGUACAUGGCCCUGUCCAUCGUCCCUUUGAUGCGGUGAAGUUGUCCUGUCCCUUUAGCAGAAAAACACCCCCAAAGCAUAAUGUUUCCACCUCCGUGUUUGACGGUAGGGAUGGUGUUCUAAGGGUCAUAUGCAGCAUUCCUCCUCCUCCAAACACGGCGAGUUGAGUUGAUGCCAAAGAGCUCCAUUUUGGUCUCAUCUAACCACAACACUUUCACCCAGUUGUCCUCUGAAUCAUUCAGAUGUUCAUUGGCAAACUUCAGACAGCACAUAUUCAUGCCCAUCUUGAGCAGGGGGACCUUGCGGGAGCUGCAGGAUUUCAGUCAUUCAUGGCGUAGUGCGUUACCAAUUGUUUCUUGGUGACUAUGGUCCCAGCUGCCUUGAGAUCAUUGACAAGAUUCUCCCGUGUAGUUCUGGGCUGAUUCCUCACCGUUCUCAUGAUCAUUGCAACUCCACGAGGUGAGAUCUUGCAUGGAGCCCCAGGCCGAGGGAGAUUGACAGUUCUUUUGUGUUUCUUCCAUUUGCGAAUAAUAGCACCAACUGUUGUCACCUUCUCACCAAGCUUCUUGGCGAUGGUCUUGUAGCCCAUUCCAGCCUUGUGUAGGUCAACAAUCUUGUCCCUGACAUCCUUGGAGAGCUCUUUGGUCUUGGCCAUGGUGGAGAGUUUGGAAUCUGAUUGAUUGAUUGUUUCUGUGGACAGGUGUCUUUUAUACAGGUAGCAAACUGAGAUUAGGAGCACUCCCUUUAAGAGUGUGCUCCUAAUCUCAGCUUGUUACCUGUAUAAAAGACACCUGGGAGCCAGAAAUCUUUCUGAUUGAGAGGGGGUCAAAUACUUAUUUCCCUCAAUAAAAUACAAAUCAAUUUAUAACAUUUUUGACAUGCGUUUUUCUUGAUUUUUUUUGUUGUUAUUCUGUCUCUCACUGUUCAAAUAAACCUACCAUUAAAAUUAUAGACUGAUCAUUUCUUUGUCAGUGGGCAAAUGUACAAAAUCAGCAGGGGAUCAAAUACUUUUUUCCCUCACUGUAAGUAAGGACAUCUUUGGACCUUCGGUAUUAUUUUGAUGUCUUUUUACAUUUUGUCAUUCAGUAUCUUGCUGAAAUGUAAAGUUAUAUAUCCUAAUGCUGAAUUUCAAGGACCACCACCAGCUUUGUUGAAAAUACUUAGACAUGGUUGUGUUCUUUUAAUACAUUUUUUUAAGGCUAAUUCUUAUGUUAUCAGGGACAUUGAGCAGGUUUUAAUAUAUACUGAACAAAAAUAUAAACGCAACAUGCAACAAUUUCAAAGAUUUUACUGAGAUAAUACAUAUAAGAAAAUCAGUCAACUGAAAUUAAAUUAGGCCCAGCCAAUCAGGUGUUUUUUUUCCCACAAAAGGGCUUUAUUACAGACGGAAAUACUCUUCACCACCCCACUCAGAUGAUCCCGUAGGUGAAGAAGCCGGAUGUGGAGGUCCUGGGCUGGCGUGGAUACACAUUGUCUGCGGUUGUGAGGCCCGGUUGGACGUACUGCCAAAUUCUCUAAAAUGACGUUGGAGGCAGUUUAUGGUAGAGAAAUUAACAUUAAAUUCUCUGCCAACAGCUCUGGUGGACAUUUCUGCAGUCAGCAUGCCAAUUGCACACUCCCUCAACUUGAGACAUCUGUGGCAUUGUGUUGUGUGACAAAACAUGCUUUUUGUGUGUAUGGAACAAUUCUGGGAUUGUUCUUUUUCAGCUGAUGAAACAUGGGACCAACACUUCACAUGUUGCAUUUAUAUUUUUGUUCAGUGUCAUUGCCAUGGUGAUGAUCUACUCAAAUGACUGGUACAGCAUUGCCACAGUUGCCUUUCAUUGUGACGUUGACAUGUCAUUAAAAAACUUGAGUUAGUGUAACUACUCCAACUUAACCUCUAUUUCUAGGAACAAUACAAUGGAAGUCAUGUUGCCUUUGUCUUCAAUGCAUAGCCUGGAUUGUGUUUUCAUAUGACUAAAAUGUACAAUGGUCAUCUUUAAUUUGCUUGAAUUUUAUAACUGUCUGUUUUUCCCCUUAUGUUUACGUUGUUGCAAAUAAUAUACAAUUUUAAUGAUUGUCAAUUAUCUGCCUUUGUAUUUGAAUGGUACAGUAAUACAUGUCCAGUGUCUGAAA